AUGCAGCUGGAAAUGCAGCUCCUCCGUGGAGAGAGUCGAUUGCUGGUUUGCCCGUCCUAUGAACUCUGCGUAAACACGGCCAGCGGGCGUGCCGUCAACCUAGACAUCGCCAGGUGGCACGAGGAGAUGGAAGUAUGGAAUUGGAACCCUCUGGAAACAAACCCACCUGGACAUGGCUGGAGAAAAGGUGCUCAAACAAGUGGACGGGAGUGCUGUCGCUUCACCUUAAUUGAGAAUAGCCGCAGAAUAGCCAGAAGGGACGUGACAUGUGGCAUGGUGAGACCGUUUUCAGCUGCCGGCUGA